AGUCAAUUCGGCGCAUGACGUCGGCGAAGCGUUGUGUCACAAUUUUGUGAAUUUUCGGAAUUUUUGUGGGUUUCUGUGGCUUUUUUUAUUUUGACGAAUUUUCUCCACCAACUUGCGAAUUUCCUCCAUAAUCGUGUAAUAAAAUCCACCCAACAUAAAUGCUAGUAAUGGAGAACCCCGAAGAAGUGCUACAAAUCCUCGAGCGCUACACGAAAUUGAAGCCAAAGGAGAUCCCGCAGGAGCUGGAGGAGUACAUUCGUCAUGUAGCCAAAACCGGGGAUACCGUCUACAGAUGGCCAAAUAUUAAGUAUUUAUUCCGUGAGAAGUUAAUCAAUGUGAUCAAGCAAUUUCACGACUCCACACCAUGUCUCGAAGAUUUACCCCAGUACCCCAAUGUGGAUCCCUUCAACUAUGAGACAAUGAAGAAUGGACUUUUAGAGCGUCUGGACACCUUCAAUGCCGCACCAUUUACAAUCCAGAGAAUUUCGGAGCUUCUCUCCGAUCCCCGGAAGCAGUAUACGCGAAUUGAUAAGUUUAUGCGGGCAGUGGAGAAGAAUAUUUUAGUUGUAAGUACCAUAGAACCAGGCAGGAAAACGACUGACAGCGAGAAUGGGGACAGUUUGGAUUCCAUGGUGAAUGGAGACUUGCCAACGGAUGUUGAUGUGGAUAUUGACAUGCCCAGUACUGCUCUCCCGUCAAUAAAUACCCUCACAACAUCGGCAGCUGUUAUUAUGGCAGAAGUAGCUGCUGUGGCGAAAUUUGUCUCCAGCGCCUCGAAGUCUCCCACUCCGGAGGACACAUCGAAUUUACCGGAUACCCUUGAGACAUCCGAAGCCGAGCCUGAGGUAAACAUCACAGAUAGCAUAGAGAAAUUCGAGGCAACACCACCAGAGGAGGGAGAGAAGAUUGCCGACAUCCAAGAGGCCUCAACAUCCUCCCCGUUGGUGGUUAUAAAACCACUGGAAAGUACUACGGAAGCACCCACCAAGGUGGAGGAAAGUGAAACAUCCAAUGAAGCCGCGGAAGUUGCAAUUCCUGUGGAAGCUGCAACAAUUGCUGAAAGCACCCCAGAAGAGGUGGAGAAAACCGAUUCCGACAACUCCAAUGUCACAAUUUCAUCUUCGUCAUCGGAUGACAGCAACAGUACGGAUGAGAAUGAAAGUUUACCGGGACAGGGAUCAGAUGUGGAGGAUAAAUCAACAACACCCGUAAGUACAGCUGUGUCUGAACCACCUGUUGGGGAGAAAUUAGAGAAAACCGAAGAAGAAAAUGUCUCAAAUGAGGCUGAGGAGGUUGAUCCCGCUGCACCUGCUGAAGCACCUUCGGAAGCCCUGAAUGUUGGAGAGGAGGUUAAACCAUCCCCCAAUGCUGAAGCUGCCCCGGAUACAAAGGAGAAUGAAGAAAUUCCAACGAAUACGGAAUGUCCGGUAGAGGAGGAAGUUCAGCAGGAGAAGCAACAAGAAGAAUCCCCGGUGGAGCCUCAAGUGCCGGUGGAGACGGCCGUAAAUGAACCAGUUGUACCCCAAUCACCCCCAAUUGCAUUCCAAUCAACCGAUACGGACAAGAAUCAAGUGCUAGAGUUGAGAAAUCGCACCGAAGACGGUGAACCAGUUUGUAAGAAGCCCAUGGAGAGUGAGAUGCUGAUUGAAGUACCACCAGCAUUGCCACUGGAUAACCCACCACCAUCCACCUCAGUGGAUCCAAUUGACGUUGCAUCGCAAAUGGUGGCUGAUGAGGGUACCCUCGUGCCCCCAAAUGCCGGAGAACUGACGACGGAUGAACCCCAUGUGGGGGCCCCAGCCACGGGUGAAUCCACUGACCUCGUCCUACCCCUCGAAGUGGCAGAAAUGGAAGUGGCUCCGGUGCCCUCCGAUGUGUCCGAAAUGGCCACAGAGGAAGAUCACACGGCAGCCAAGGUAGACGACGCCAUGGAAGUGGAUGAGAGUAGCAUGGAGCCAAUGGAUCAGUAAGCCCCCUCCCCCCCCACACCCACACAUUUCACCGAUAAAAUAUUUUACACAGAAAAAAAAACUUUUAAGCAGCCCCCUCUCCCAUAAAUUAAUUUUUACGUCUUAAUAGAGAUUACGUAGACAUAUUGACCUUUAGCAUAAUGUUUUUCAUUUAAUUAAACAAAUUGUAAAAUGCAGUAUCGCUUCGAAAGGAAAAAAAAAGAAACAUUUGCGCAGAUAUUUCAAGUUUGAAACGUUUGUAUAACUUGAGAUUUUUUUUUGGAGGAGAUUAAAUGUCGCAUCUAAAAUAA